AACUAUAUAUAAAACCACAUAAAUUGCUUCUUGGUUUACCAGAUGUAUAUUACAGCCCGUAAAAAAAUAUGAGCCCACAUCUUGCUGGAAUUUGUGUGUUCAUUAAUUAGACUCAUAUAAUUAUGAGCCUCCACAGUAAACUCUUAUAUGGUGGCGCCCAUGUGAGAUAAAAUGGUAUUUACCCAAAAUCUCCUUCCGUGAGAUGCGCAGAGAGCUAGAAAAGGAGGAUUAAAGAGGUUUUGGUGAAGAAACUCUAUAUAGUAUUGUUAGGAAGGAUUGUGUAGAGUAGAUAUUUUUUUCUAUAAGAAUAAAAAAACCGAUUUAUAAUUGACAACUCUCUUACCUAUAUUUGCUUAAAGCACGUACGGUAGACGGCCAAAAUCCAUAAUUAUGUAGCCAUAAAAAUCUCCUUCAACACAAUUUCUACAAUUUUUAUUAAAAAAAAUCUGUUUAGAAUUAUUGAAUUAGAUUACAAAAGCAGGUAAUCGGAUAUGGAGCAUCAAAUCAAAUGAAUAUGUUCAAAUAACAAGAAAACUCUUUUGAACAUAUUCAUUUGAUUCAAUCUCUUCAAAUUGCUAUCCGGAUACCCUAAAAAUCAUCAUCAUUCUGCUACAUUCUUCUUCUUCCCUCGUUGCAAGAAUAUAAUUGUUCUUGAUAAAUCUCCAUUCGCUCCCUCGAAGUGGGAAUCUGAUUCCUGCUUCGAGGACAGGAGAAGAACAACAACGGAACAACGUUGUAUGUUCUUCCUCCUGAGAGUACUGGUGAUUGAUCAUUGUUCAAUCUAGGGUAAUCACACAAAAAAAAUAUUUGCAAGAGAGAUUUUUUUUUUAAUUCGCCCGUCUAUCAAUUCCCCAUCGACGAGGCCCCCCACACGGGUAUCACAAUGAUCGAGAGCAGCAAAUCACACGAAUUCGCACGACCGUCAUUAAAGAUGGUUGUUCUCAUCAUCACAUUCCUCCUGCUGCCGUCUCUCGCCACCUCCACCGACCUGUUCCCGAUCGUGAACGUGACGUUCGAGAACGAGAUGCAGCACGCCGUGGACCUGAUGUGCAACUUCGAGCCCGAGCAGCGGAUCACGACGCUGAUGCCCGGCGAGCUGGUGUGGUGGACGGUGGAGGACAUCCUGUUCCCGGCGGUGUGGUGCUACCUGCAGGUGACGGAUGACUAUUUUGGGGUGUUUUGGGGGUACUUGGUGACAAGGAAAUGCGGGACCCUUUGCCAUUGGAGGAUCAAAGAAGAUGGGGUUUAUUACGUGCAAAGCCAGGAUGGGUCGUUGCAAUACCAAUGGCUGUUCCAAAUUGCGGGCGGCGGGUUUGUUUGAUUCAUUCAUGUAAAUCUGGGGAUCCCUGCAAUUUCAUUUCCUUUUGAAAUUGUUCAUUCUGUGUUGUAUCUCUAUCACAUAUGAUAUUCUAUACACAACCAAUUUCACAUAUAUAUUAUACCAUAAUAGUGUGCUCCUAUCAUGUCGUGAAGACCUAGUUCAUACACGCAUGUACGGAUGUACCCAUGUUUUAGAACUCCUUGGAGUCCGUUUUAAACAUGUUAUACAAACCAGUGAACAUGCGACAAUAUUUACAUUCAUCAAAUGUUAGACACUUGAAAACAUUUUAUCAAAAUAUGACUCAGGAGGAAUACAUAUCCUCCAAAAUGUUAGUAUAAAAAUGUGGGAGUUCGAGUCCACCGCCCACAUACAACUUCUAUUACUGUUGCUUUGAAUUUGGAAUUUUUUUACCGAUUCAAUCAGUACAAUAUCACAAUACAGUACGAUAUCACAA